CCCUAUGUUGUUCCUGCCCGCCGCCUACACAAGUGGGGCGGACAUUAAAAACGUAAUCGAAGCUGCGAAAAGCUUUGCAGUCGAAGGUUCUUCGUAGAUUUAAUCACCGCUGUCGUCAGACAGGUACGGAAUUUGAGAAUACUUCCCAAACGAGUCCCCGAAAUUUCUUGAAAGAUAAAAUGAUCAUCCCAGCUUACACGUGUUCGUCAUCCACGGCAUUGUACCUUGGUCGGUCAUAUGACGCAAAAACUUCGACAGCAUCUAGUGACGUCUUUCAAGGUCAGAUCAACCCUAAGCAGAUAAAUCAAAACAAAUUUUCCUUCAAGUAUGAAUUGGUGAAAACCGGCAAACAAGUCAAUGAUUUACUGGACAUAUCUGGUGAAUUAUCACUAAAAAUCAAAGCCAAUCUGCUGACAAUGGAAGGGGCAGGGAAGUAUAUAACUGAGAACAAAGAAGAGGGGACAAGUUACCUUCUGGCUGUUUUGAAGUGCACAACGAUUGUUGAGACGAUCGACGACGGAUCAGUAAAAGUAAGAGACGAUAUAGCCAGCGGUCCUCUUUCCUGCUCAGUUGGUACUCAUUAUGUAAAAAGUGUCGUCUAUGGUGGUGAGAUGGUAACACGCUUGAAAUUCAAGACUUCAUCAGCUUCAACCAAGGAAAACUUCAGUGGCAAAGCCGAAGGACAACUGAAUAAAGCCUUAGUUGUUGAUCCAGGACUGAAAGCUUCGCUAGGGCGUUUAUCGUCAGCUUGCAGCGAAGUAUCAGAAAUCUCCAUCGAUUAUUACGACACUGCUAUGCCGGAAAAAACGCCAACCUCCGUGAGUGAGCUCAUUGCCUUGAUUGAGCAGUUUCCUUCUCGACUUAAACAAAUUGAAGGUGGAAAAGGUACACCUGUGCAGUAUGAGCUUCAACCAAUAACGAACAUCAUCCCCCGGCCAACAGCGAAAACAGAUCCGCAAGGGAAGGUUCAAGCACCUGAUAUACAGAACAUGGAUUCCUAUUUCGAUGAUCUUCGAAAUGCCAAGGCACUUGUUGAGGCAUACAUUGAAGAUGAGGGCGGUGACGAUGACGAUGAAGGUGUUGUAAAAUUUUUCGAAAUGGUCACCGAUCUUUAUGACAAGUUCAGAGAAGCAAUUGAGGCCUUGGAAAGCUCGGAAGGAUCGAAGAAAGUCAAAGGCUGUCUACAGGAAUACAAGAAAGCCGGUGAAGGACUCUCUACUAGCAGCAAGCUUACCCGUCAAUGGAAAAAAAUAAUGCAAAAAAAGCAGGUACCAGUCAGCAGGAAGGGAACCCCCACAAUGUGGGUACCUGUCAGCAGCAUGAGGACCCAAAUAAAGCUGCCGUCAGGGGAUCCUCUCACAGUUGUUCUUAUCGGAAAGACUGGAAAUGGAAAAAGUGCUACUGGAAACUUCAUUGUCGGUGAAGUGGGGAGUUUUAAGGAAAGCUACCAAAGUUCUUCCCAAACGAAAAUUUGUGCUCUCAAGGAAAGGAAGGAAGAGAGACAUUUGACUGUGAUAGACACCCCUGGAGUUCUGGAUUCAGUCCCAGUCUCCGCUUUCGAGAAAUUGAAAGAAUUUAGUGGUCUGUACAAUAAAAGACAAGAAGAAAUUCUUCGAGAAAUCUCCAGGGUUUUUGCCAUGUCUCCUGACGGUCUUGAUGCCAUUCUACUCGUCACUCGGUACGGAGAUAAAUUUUUAAAGGAAGAUGCCGAAGCUUUGAAAAUACUUCAAACAUUUUUUGGAAAAGAAGCUCAUGCUUAUAUGAUACUAAUCCUCACACAUGGCGAUCAGGCCGAGCGAAAUGCUAACAUAGAUCAAAUCAGCGUCGAAACACAUCUGAACACGUACGUCCAAGGCUUGCCGAGCUGGGUUCAGGGAUUUUUAGACGAAAUAGGCCAGAGGAUAGUGUUAGUCAACAACGACUUACUACGUUUCAAGGAAAAAGACCCGGGUCACUACAAGGGGAAGCUCUAUGAAUUAGUUCAGGUCAUUGACGAGAUGAGGAGAGGAAAAGGACCCUUCAUGCACAAACUGACCUGGGCGUCCAAACAAACUCUAGAGAAUGAAAUCAAGACAGCUAUGGAAGAGAGUGGUUUAGCUAGUUUGGAGAGAGAUUUGCGAAAGAAAGAGGAACAAGUCGAGAAGGAAAGAAUUGAAGCCCAUACGAAGUCUUCAGAGUUAAAGAAAAAUAACGAAACGGAGGAAGAAAAGAAAAAAAUGGAGGAAAAAAAGAAAAAAAUGGAGGAUGAAAGGAAAAGAUUGGAAGGUGAAAGGAAAAAAUUGGAGAAUGAAAAAAAGAAAUUGGAGGAAAAGUUGAAAGAUGAUCAAAAAAAAGAAGCUCAAAAAGGAGAAGGUGGAAAGGCAACAGAGAAUGUUAAGAAAAAGAGUGGUGGCUGUUACCCUGGUUCCGCAACAAUAAUUGGUGUGAAAGGUCGGCUAAGACGAAUAGAAUCCUUGCAAAUUGGUGAUGAAGUUGAAAUCCUCACGAACAAGGGAAUCCAACUGGAACCAGUUAUUACCUUCAUCCACCGUCAGCCACAAGUUGUGGAAGAAUUUUUAAAAAUUGUUACCGUAAAAGAAAAAAUCCUCCUCAUAACUGCUGACCAUCUGUUGUUUGUGGAAGUAAUGGGUCAAGCAACAGCCAUUCCGGCCAGAAAUGUUAAGAUCAGAGACACAGUGUACGUGAGGGGGAGCCAUGGUUCAGAGAAGGAUUCAGUUCGGAGCAUCAGCACUGUCUACGAGAAAGGCGCUUACGCCCCAGUAACCCUGAGCGGCACUAUUCUGGUCAACGAUGUUCACACCUCCUGUUACUUUGAUGUGUUGUCCCAUGAGUGGUCCCACCGAGCCAUGGGCAUUGCUCGCACGGUACAUUAUGUUUCUCCAUCGCUGGUGCGAAGGAUCAGUGCAAUUGGAGAAAAAGAUGGAUUCCCAGGUUGGUGCAGACUGGCUCAUACUAUGUUGACAUUGCUCGAUUGACAUUUCUAGGGACGCUUUUCAUUAUAUAUAUAUAUACUCUUUGCAAGAGUGAUAUGGAAAGCAAAUCAAGUCUUCGUAAUUGCGUUAGAUUGAACUUGAAGGACAACAUAACAGUCUUCCAUGUCUUAAUACUCAUGCACAUUAAUUGUAUUAGCAGUACUGGGAUGAUACACGGGAACAAUGCUAGGAACAAAGUUGAACUUUACGUAGAUUUUUUAAAGCUUAAAAGCGAAAAAACAAAUCCUAAACAAUGUUUUAAAUGUCUAACAUGCCAAUGGAACAUUUAUUAUAUGUUACCCUUGUGUCGUGAAUGCGGCUCUGUGAGUUUCAAUUGAGGACCUUUUUCCUUACUGCAGAAAAACCGACCUUAACUGAUGACUUUAAUUAAUAGUGCAUCUGGUGCAAUGAAUUAAACCGAGGGGAUUUUCAUGCCCAUAGCCAUUAAAUAAAAAGAACAUUAACAGAUGAACUAAAAAGGAGUCAUAUGGCAUCUCGAUAGACCCCUUUUUUAAAUCGUAAGCUUAGCGUUGUAGUUUUUAGAAGGUUACGUACGAAGGAUUAAUUAGGACCUUCAAUUGAAGGAGAGAUCUAAAACUUAGAAAGCCUACCUGUUUCUUAAUUAUAGUUAUUCUCUUGAUGGAAUACGAAUCGAAGUAUCAAAUAUAUAGAUUAUACCAAUGUUUUUCUUCAUUUGAGGGCCGAAGAUUGCUUUACAUAAAGGAUCAAUAUGCCGAAGAAGGGCUUUCGCGCUAAAGACAUACAUUUGCUGCAUGUUUCUUGCUUUCAGUGACUACGCGUUCUUCAUGAAUUUUUUUUUUAUGGUUAGUUAAGGUUGCCUAAGAUAUUUUUAGAGCCAACAAUGAAGCGUGAUGUGAGUAAUUCAGUAUUUUGGUCUUCUUUAGCUUCUACUGGCCUGCCGAUUGUUGAACAACGCCAUAAUAAAUAUUUCAUUUAAUAGUCAGACUGCCAAUUUGUCGAUUUACGUUCUGCAAGUUUUGCCUGGACUACCUUUGCCCAUUCUCCUCCUUUCUCAGAGUGU